GCGUUGAGAGCCGCAGCCAACUUGCCCGUGUUAAAUUCAAUGAAUUCGCUCUUUCCGCCCUCUCGUCAUCUCUCUGUCUCUGAUGUAAAGUUUUUAACUCCGAGGCUCUUUCUCAGCCCGCCUGGAGAGGCAAGAUUUCUUGGCUCGCUUUCAUCCUAAACGCCAACGCCGUCAAAUAUUCUCUCUCUCUCUCUCCCUCUCUCUCUCUCUCUCUCUCUGUGAGUAAUCGAAGAUGAUCUCCAAUUCUCAGAAGAAGAAGAAAAACCUUCAGACUCUUUUAGCCAGCAAUCUCUGUAGCAAACUCACCAUCUCCAUCCCAUCGUCCUCUUCCACCAAAGAGUCCGAGUCCGACUUCGAUUUCUCUGAAGUUUUUGGCCCCUCCAGCCCGCACCAAAACCCAAUUCCCUCUUCCUCACCGACGUCCACUUCAUCCUCCGGGGACCCACCGGUCAUCCACAACAGGUCCCACUCCUUUGUGGGCCCCUCCCCACGCUUCACCCUCUCCCGUUCUUUCCCCCUCCAUGCCGAGUCCGCCUCCGAAUCUGAAUCCGAGCCCGAUACAGAGAUCGAAAGUUGCAAUGCUGAAAAGAGCGAGAGAGUCGGGAAAAUUGGGCCGGGUGAUUUUGACAUUUUGAGAGUUGUGGGGCAGGGUGCGUUUGGAAAGGUGUUCCAGGUAGUCAGGAAGAGAGUGAGAGUGGAUACUCCUAAUGAUUGUGAAGGUGGAGGAGAUGGUGAUACUAAUACCGAUGGCGAUGGGAUUUACGCCAUGAAAGUGAUGAGGAAGGAUACCAUUAUAAAGAAGAACCAUGUCGAUUACAUGAAGGCCGAGAGGGACAUUCUCACUAAAGUUGUGCACCCAUUUAUUGUUCAGCUCCGCUACUCCUUCCAGACAAAGAGUAAGCUUUACUUGAUUCUGGAUUUUAUAAAUGGAGGGCACCUUUUCUUUCAUCUGUACCGGCACGGGAUCUUCAGUGAGGAUCAAGCAAGGGUUUAUACUGCUGAGAUAGUAUCUGCCGUUUCACAUCUUCACAAGUGCGGUAUCGUGCAUCGGGAUCUCAAACCCGAAAAUAUUCUCAUGGACGCAGAUGGGCAUGUUAUGCUGACUGAUUUUGGGCUGGCAAAGGAAAUUGAUGAAUCGAGCAGAUCAAAUUCAAUGUGUGGGACCACAGAAUACAUGGCUCCUGAAAUUUUACUGUCUAAAGGCCACAAUAAAGAUGCCGAUUGGUGGAGUGUGGGGAUACUCUUGUAUGAGAUGCUAACUGGGCAGCCACCAUAUACACAUGAAAAUAGAAAGAAACUUCAGGAGAGAAUCAUCAAAGAGAAGGUAAAACUUCCACCUUACCUCACCAGCGAGGCUCACUCUUUGCUCAAAGGAUUACUGCAGAAGGAACCAUUGAGAAGAUUAGGCAGCGGGUCUAACGGAGGGGAUGAGAUUAAAAGUCAUAAAUGGUUUCGUUCAAUCAACUGGAAGAAAUUGGAGGCCAGAGAGCUGCAGCCCAAAUUUAAGCCUGAUGUGAUUGGGAAAAACUGUACUGCCAAUUUUGACCGGUGCUGGACUGCAAUGCCUCCAACUGACUCACCUGCUUCAACACCAACUGCAGGCGAACAUUUCCAAGGGUAUACUUAUGUGGCUCCUAACCCUUGGCUUUCGUCUGGACAAACUUAAGGCUUUUAGCAUUAUAUGACGAGAAGGGGGGGGGGGGGGGGGGGGGGGGGGGUGUUGGUGGUGGUGGGUGGGAUGGCUUGAAGCAAGACUGCCAUUUCAGUUGUAGUCUGUAAGUUUUUAUAUAAAAAAAAAAGAUCCAUUCAUAUCUCAUGUAAUUAUUUCUAAAUUGUCAAUAAAUAAUCUCAUAAGUUUUCACUUA